CUCGUCUCACACCAGGGCCAGAUUCAUCAUUCGACUUGGGCCAAUUUCCAGCGACUCACCAAUUCCAGGCUUCGGAGAUCGGCUACCAUACUCUACCCACACCUCUAUAGAGGUGUAUACACUUCCAUUUAUCGGUGUUACAUAUCUGCUGACAGCACCCAAUGUCCACCAUGUUGCGCAAGAAGGAAGCCUUCACUGUUAUCACGCCCAUUCCGGGCUUCAUUCCACGACAGUUGGCCAUCGACAUCCUUCAUUCUCAUUCUGAAGUUAUUACUCUUAACCCUCUUGUCCUCGACCACAAGCCCAUCGCGGCCCCCCAGGAUGCAGAAACAGACGAGUAUUAUGCGACAUGGUACGAGAUCACCGAACGAGUCACGAUUCUGCCUGGAAUUGGGAGGAUGGGGGCUACAACCAUCAAGUUCAAUGGCUGCUUUCACGACAUGCCAUGGGGUCUUCAGACUCACAUUUACGCCCCCAUGAACGUUGACCUUCGCAACACCUAUCGCAUCGCCGGUAAUCAACCAAACUUUGAGCCUCCAGAGCCACUUGAGAUGGGGUUAUCAGCUCUUGGGGCACCGUCGGAUGGGUUAUAUCUUCGUGAGGAUAUUGAGAUCAAGUGCAGUCGCACUGUCAUGAGUUUUGUCAAGUCGCAAAUGAAGAAGGCGGGUGGGGAAAUGGUGAGACGCAUCAUCAAGAAGGCCGAGUUACUGGAUGCUGGCGUGCUUCAGGCUAUGAUCGAGGACGGAAAGCUGAAGACGUUCAACCCGGCCGACAAGAGGAAUACAGUCCGACGACCGGCUGUGGCUUCUCCGGGCCCUCAGUUUUCGCCUACAUUUGCCAGCUCAUCGGCCUCUGGUACACCACCUCAGUCUCCCGGUGUUCCCUAUCAGAUCCCGCGACCGCUAUCUGCUACUCCCAGUCAACACCGGUCAAGUACUCCUGGAUCCUACCACCGUCCUAACAGCUACGGGAAGGCACCCGCUGCUUUCGGCUAUGGAACCCGGAAUGGACCACAGGAGCUGUCUGUUACCAACCCUGAACCGGUCUCAAAUGGUCCGAUUGAGAUGCCAGGCGACUUCUACCACGCACCAUCAAACCUUCAGCCUCAAUCUCUGCCAUCCUCCAACCGAAAUUCCAGUCAGUCAUACUCGUCCGACCGGCCACAAGCAAGCCCGAACCCAUCAUUACGCAGCGGGUUCCCGUCUCCCGCUUUGGACAAGAAUUUUGGACUACAGACUCACCAGGAAACGUCCGAGGAGCACAGGGAGGAGGCUUUGAAGAAAUUAGACCCGCGUAUCCCGCAUCCGUCUCACUACGCUCCGUAUAACCCAGCGGAUUACGGUCCCGUGGACCCGUUGAAGGUUCUUGGCAACCAGUAUGGACACAGUCCACAGGCUCAGCAGCUGUAUAAGAACACGUACACAAGGUGAUGGAGUAGGAACAAAUUUGAUAAAGUUUUUCAACGUGGCUUGACAUUGGAUGAUAGAUAGGCAGGCGGGGAUAUCUCGGUUUUUUUUGGUUUUUUUUCGGUGCUUCAUAUACCC